AUGUUGCCAAAAUAUGCUGCUGCUACUACUACUGUUGUCUCACUCACCACCAACCAACAUCAACAGCAGCAGCACGACAGUUUUUAUCAGCAGAUGUCAACAUACAUGAUAGGCGUUGCCGGCAACGAGACGGACCGGCGCGUUGGGACACAUUUCCUGUGGUUUCUACCAUUUAUCAAACUACGAAGACAGCCAAUCUGUAUAAUCUUACUUUUGGAUCCUUCACCGAUCAGCGAAUCACAUUCGCUUUCUGUCCUUCUGAACAAAAUGCUGACCAAUGGUCAUGGGCCAACAGCGCCCGCAUCCCUACUGCCAUCCUCGUCAUCAGCAACAUCAAUUGCCGACUCUGUCGGUACUGGAACAGGAGAUACUGGGGCGAAUUUACAGCAAGCAUUCCUGCAAAGCUUACUGGCAGCAGCAGUAGCGACGCCAUCUUUCCCUGCUUCCGGAUUCUUCGACGCCAACAGUGUACCCAGAGCGCCAACCAACGACCUCCCGCCGAUUGCCGCGGCCAGCAAUGAUAUGUUCAGUGCUUAUAUGUAUUUCCUCGCAAACAGCCAACAAACACGGGAAGCUUUCGGGCAACUCCACAAUGAAUUUAGGCAGGACAGAGCUAACGCGCCGAACAAUCAGCGACUGCAACGCGGAACACAAGAAAAGAAACGAGUAAGCAUUAUUUUUGCAAGCAUUUUAAGAUACAUGAUGAGUUCACACACACUCAUGGACUAA